AUGGGUAAGCUCUCCCUACUGGAUCAAACAUAUGGAGAAGUGAACCAGCUUGGCGGGGUAUUUGUCAACGGACGACCACUUCCAAAUUCGAUUCGGAUCAGAAUCGUGGAAUUAGCUCAACUUGGAAUACGACCGUGUGACAUCAGUAGGCAGCUUCGAGUCUCUCAUGGCUGUGUGAGCAAGAUACUAGCGAGAUACAACGAGACGGGUUCGAUAUUGCCCGGUGCCAUAGGAGGAAGUAAGCCCCGGGUCACAACACCCAACGUGGUGAAAAGCAUAAGGGAUUACAAACAAGGAGACCCUGGAAUAUUUGCUUGGGAGAUCAGGGACAGGCUUCUUACAGAUGCCGUGUGUGAUAAGUAUAACGUUCCCUCCGUCAGCUCCAUAAGCCGUAUUUUACGCAACAAAAUAGGAAAUCUUUCCCAGCCGGGCCAAUAUGAGAACAGCAAGCCAAUCCAUCCUCAGCUCUCCUACAACCACAUGUACCCGUACUCAUACCCCAGCGCAAUGUCACCCACUGGGACAAAAAUUGGCAGCGGUCCCGGUAUACCGGUCACGCCGGGCCAUGUCAGCCUCUCCCGCCAUGGUUGGCCUUCCGUGCACACAGUCAGCAACAUUUUGGGCAUCCGAGCCUUCAUGGACCCUGCAGCCAUCGCUGGAGCGGAGGGGUACCCAUCAAAAAUGGAGGAGUGGGCGAGCGUAAACAGAGCGACGUUUUCCUCUGCCCAUGGUGUCAACGGAAUAGAGAAAUCCUCCCUAGAGGCAGACAUCAAGUUUCCUCAGUCUUCUUCAAACCUAUCUAGUUAUGUACCUGCUUGUGCCUACUCUCCCCCAAACCAAUACGGGGUGUAUGGUGGACCAGCAGGUAACUAUAUGACAACUGGACACCACUGGCAGUCUCAAAGCACGAGCCUUGCCCACCCCAACAGCGAAGCAACGAUGCAAGGUGGAGACCUCCACAUGGCGAUGUCCUUCAAACACUCAGCACGAGAAGGAGACAGAAAACCUCCCAGUCCCUUGAGCAAGCACCAGCACGAGGCGUUGAGCGUACACGGACUAUCUCUCCCGACCUCCGCUUCAUAA